AUGAAUGUCUUAAUAAAAGCUCAAAUCCCUAAGACAUUAACCAACGUCGAGCCCAAGAGAAAGGAAUUCUUGUGGAGAAGAGAAGAAAACUUUUCCCUUCAACAAAAUAUAAAUUUCAGGAUUUUUCAAUUGUAUGUCGCGAUGGGCGCCGUGGAGAUACUGAGAGAUUGUAUAAAAGAAGCAUUACAGUGUUUAACAAACAGAAGACGAAAGCUAAAUGAGAGAAGGAUAUUUAAUUCAAACGGAAAUGUUGUUGAAUUAUUUAAAUGGCUAGACACUGAACAUUGA